AUGAUAAUGAAUAAAUCUUUUGAGUGUAAAAAUAUUCCUAAUCUAAGAAAAGGCUGUACAAUAGAGCAACUUGCAUUAACUAAGCUUCCUCGUCUCAGAUAUGAUCCACUAUUUCAUCAGAAGCAUCCUCAAUUCUCAAUUCAUUCCCGAUCUUCUAAGCCGAGGAUUUUAAAGGAAAUUUCCCAAACGCCUUCGCCUAUCAAAAAUGAGCUACGAUCAUAUAAAACAAUUCCAAGUGACCAUCAGCUUCAGAUGAGGUUCCAUCCUUAUGUCAAAGCAGAAAUAACAAAUAAGCACUCUAAAAAGAGCAUUUCUCCGCUUCCAAAAUAUGACCUGGCAGAAGAGCUACAUAAAGAAUUUGUGGACGAUAGCUAUUCUCUUGGAAAAUUGCUUACAUUGAAAAAUUCAUCAGUUAAAGUAUCUAGACUUCCAAAUAGUGCCUUAACAAAUAAGCAGCUAGAACAGAUAUCACUGAUUAAAAACUAUCAAAACUUAGAGUUCAAAGAAACGAAACCUGCAAAGAGGUCAAAAUCUCCAGAAACACCAAUUAAACGCAAAAAAGAGUUCGGAGAAUACUCCUUUAGAGGGCCAAGUGACUGAAAAGUUUUAUUAAGAAAACAUGAUAAAAAUUUGCCUUUAAUUUCUAAUUCGUGUGAAUCAGAAUUUGAAACUGAGCUCAAGCGAAAAAAAUUAGCGAAAGAGCAAAUUUCUGAAGAAAUUCGAAGGGAUUUAAGCAUGAUCAGUUAUCUUCAAACUACGCCUCGAAUGAGAAAUUCAUCAAGAAGCAACUCAAUUAAAACGGAGUCUUUGAAGUUCGCGUCUUCAAGGAAGCUUUCUCCUCAUAGUAGACCUAAACAAAUAUUGUUAUCAUCUGAGGACUCUUCUACAACUAUAAAGGAUCCUUUAGAAAAUUAUUGUGAAUCUAAUGAUUUGUCUCCGAACUAUCAGAAUCUUGAAUUCCAGCUUUAUGAGCCAUUUUUCAAGUAA